AUGGGAGAAGAAUCCAAAUCUCUCUGGGAAGGUAAACUCACGGUCGAGCUAACAAGCGUCGCUGCGGAACAAGCGUGGCCGGCUUUAGAGGAUUUCUGCAACCUACACAAAUGGAUCCCGAUAAACACUUGUUACCACGUUGAAGGUGUUCAAGGACAACCUGGUUUGGUUCGAUACUGUUCUUCAACAGUAAAAGCGGUUGUUGAAGAUGAAGCUGAUGGAGCUGAUGAUGCUGUUGAGUCUGAGACGACAGUUAAGUGGGCGAAAGAGAAGCUGUUGAUGAUGGAUCCUGUACGACGUUGUUUGUCGUAUGAAGUUGGUGAGAACAACAUGGGGUUUGAGUCUUAUGUGGCGACACUGAAAGUGAUUCCGGUGGGUGGUGAUGGUGAAAGUGUUGGGUGUUUGAUUGAGUGGGGGUUUGUUUGUGAUCCUGUCGAGGGUUGGAGUUUGGAGGAUUUUGAGUCUUAUAUUCAGUAUUGUCUUCAGUUUAUGGCUAAGAAGAUUCAGGAUGAAUGCUCUGUAACUCGUUAA